GGCGCUCACCCUUGGCUAUAUAUCAAUAUGGCUCCCAAGAACAAAAAUCAACAUAAGCGUCAGCAAGGCCGAUCUCACAAGCCACAGUCCCAGCCAGUAGCGAAAGCCUUUCCGAACUCGGCGACGCAGGAAGCGUUCUCCCAAAAAAUUGACGACGCUGGCGAGAACUGGGAGGACGUUGUCUCGCUUCUGUGCGAGUACUUGGAGAUCCCGACAUUGACGAAGAGAAAGGGGUUGAAGCAGAUCCACGCCCGUUUCGACUCGGUAUACGAACGUCUAGAUGCGGCAUACAAGAUGUUCCAGGAGCAAGAGAACGAGAUGGUGAUGGGCGGUAUCAUUGGGAUCUUUGCGAAGAUGUGCACAGAUGCUCUUCUUCGCGACAAACUGUUCAAGAAAGGUGUACUGUCCAAGCUCGUGCCUCUCCUCGACUCCGAAACGUGCCGGCAUCUCGCCUUGCGGUCGCUGGCGACCAUGACCCAUCAUGCGGGUGUCGACGCGCGAGUUCAGAUUGCCUGCUAUACACGAAAACUCCUCAAACUCAUGAAGGAUCGGCCGGAUGACUACACGACUCAAGAAUUGAGCGUCGUGGUCAUCGGCCAUGCCGUCUCGGCCGUGAUCUAUGACGGAGACAAGUCGCCCGAUCUUAAAGCGCUCAAAGACUUCAAUCUGACUGAAACAAUACAAACCAUGCUCGAAUCCGCGAAGAAACCCGGAGGCUCGGCAUAUCUGAUCGGUCACGCGCUGCACCUCGUAGAAAGCGCCACGUACAACUGCCCGGAGGAAUACGAUAAGAACCCCUCCGCUACGAAGUUCCUCGUCGCGUUCCUUCGGAGCGACGAUCUUAGUAUCAGAGCUUCGGUCCUUGGAGCUCUGCUCCGCCUUCAUGCCAAGAAGAAUGAGUAUGAUCGGACCCAGUACGAUCCUCAGAAGAUCAUGGCUGCUGUGUCCUCCGGCAAAUGGCCUCCGCACGUCAACGAUGCGAUGAUGGACUACGGGCCGAUGAGGUGCGAUGUGUUCGUGAUGCUCAAGACCAUGAACGAGUUUCAACGCACUAUGAUCAACGUCGUUCAAACUCACGACUUCUACAACCUCGGAAAGACACUGGCAGAAUUCAUCACCCGGACAGAGUUCUCGGUCGCUGAGGGGAGAUUCGAAGCUCAGAAUGCCAGCACCGGCGAAUGGGAGAAGGAUGGAAGCGUCGGUCUUCCGUUCACCUUAUGGUCCGAAGCUUUGCCUCACGCCGCCAAGGUCAUCAAGGAGAAGGGAAAGGCAGACGAGGCGUAUAUGGCGGACAUCCUCGAACUCAAGUUCCUCGUCAUGCGGCAACGCGUCCACGACGCGAUUCCGAAAGCUCAUACCGCCAUCCUCCGCAAUCCGGACGUGGCUUACUUCUACUAUGUGGUCAGCCUCACCGCGGAUCACGAAGUCGGCCUCCGCUACGCUAAGAAGGGCCUGCGCUGCAAGAAGGGGUUGACGCCGUUCGUCAAAACCGCACUUCUAAAUAGGAGCGUCGAACACGCCGGCGAUCUCGGGAUCACGGCGCUCUUGGAGUCGCACAUACAUGGCCACAAGUGGGAGGAAGGGAUCGCCUUCCUCAUGAGCGCAUGGGAGGACGCCAAAGUGUAUAUGACGGAAGCGCCGCCGGAUGCAAGGAACAUGAAGACCGUGAUCAACUGGUAUAUCGUCCUGACGCUCGCAAUAAAGGGAAAGGAGGUGAACCCGGACCUGGGAGACUUGAGGGAUGCAUUCGAUAAACUGCGUGUCAGCGAGGACGUGGCUAUGUUCCUGGGGGCUCCGCUGUUCAACACCCAGUUGCGCCUCACGCGCACCACGGUGGUCAAAGACUAUGUUGCGGCCCAAAAGGAGUGGGGUGAAGUCGUGGGGCACUUUGACGAGGUCUCGGAGAAGGAUGCCGGCGCGCGCGAACGGGAGAGCAUUGAUCCGGAAAAGGCGACAAAUGACUUGGCGUCGUGGCUCAACGAACUACAAGUCGACGACGAGGGCGACGACGAUGACACGCACUCACAUGUGCACGAACCUUGCGAACCGCCUCGCAGGGUGACGACCAACUCGGUGUCACUAUAUCGAUGCAGUUACUGCGGAAAUCCGAGCGCCGCGCUCAAAAAAUGCGGCGGAUGUGGUAACACCAGUUACUGCGAUGCUUCGUGCCAGAAGAAUCAUUGGAAAGCUCACAAAAAUCAGUGUCAGAAGUCAUGAUACGGCAAUGGCGUUGGCGUCUGCCGUCAUAUUUUUUAAGAGCGGAGGUCCUUGAGAAGAUAUAACUCACACGUGUAUGAUUGGCAUGGUGUCGCACAACCUGUAGAUAUGAAAUCACAUUCCCUGCAAC